GGAGCUGGGCCCCCUCCUCAUCCUGAGGGGGUUGGGUUGGGUCCCCUUUUCAUCCUGAGGGGCUCGAAUUGGGCCCUCUCCCCAUCCUGAGRRGCUUGGGCUGGGUUUGAUCCUCRUCCUAAAGGGUUCAGCUUGGUCCUCCUCCUCAUCCUGAGGGGCUCAGCCUGUGCUCCCUUUACCUGUGAGCAGCUGGAGCUGGGCCCCCUCCCCAUCCCGAGGGUCUCACUGUGGACCCCGGCCCCCUCUGAGGGUCUCCCCAGCUGGACACUCCUCACCCGGGUUGCUCACCCCUCUCCCUGUAAUCCUUAAACCCCAUCCUCAUCUCUGCUCCCUUUGGGGUGCUGCUGGCCUUGGAGGAGCCCCCUCCCCAUUAUCCCCUUUUUUUAAAGCCCCUGGRACAAUCUCGAGUGGUUUCAGGGCUUGGAAGAGCCUGUUUUUAACAGAAACGCUGGGAUUUAGAGGCUUGGGGAUCAGGAAACCCUUUGUUUUUCCUCCCACAGAGCCCUGCCUGCUUUACAUAAUAUUUUCCAUYGCUUGGAUGCUUCAUAAUGAGCCACUAAUCCGAGCAACACCUGAGUUAAUCUUUUGUUCCAGCAAUUUUCAGGCUGGGGACACAGCCCAGGUGUCGGUGACGCUGCUGGAGGAUCAGGGACACCUUUCCCUGUUGUCACCCACCGAUGUCCCUGCUCUGAGCACACCCCGAGGGCCCAGCAGGGCCCAAAAUCGUGAGCAGGAUGAGGAUCGUGGUGGCCAAAGUGCUGUGUCUGCUGGGAAUCUGUGUCCUGGUGCUGGCUGGGGCCCUGCUGCCCGUCAGGGUCAUCGAGGCCGACUACGAGAAGGCUCAGCGCUCCCGGAAAAUCCUGGCCCUCUGGAAUUCCUUCGGAGGUGGCGUUUUCCUGGCCACCUGCUUCAACGCCCUGCUGCCUGCCGUGAGGGGGAAGCUCGAUGAGGUCCUCAGGCAGGCCAACGUCAGCACGGACUACCCGGUGGCCGAGACCAUCAUGAUUGUCGGCUUCUUCCUGACGGUCUUUGUGGAYCAGCUCUUCCUGACCUUCCAGAAGGAAAAACCCUCUUUCAUCGACCUGGAGACCUUCAACGCCGGCUCGGACGCGGGCAGUGAUUCGGAGUACGAGAGCCCCUUCAUCGCCUCGUCACGGGGACGUGCCCUGUACGGAGAGCACGGGCCCCACUCCCACAGCCUGCACAUCCCAGAGCUGUCCCGCUGCGGCCCCCGCCGCCUGCUGGGGCUGGUGUUUGCCCUGUGCACCCAUUCCAUCUUCGAGGGGYUGGCGCUGGGACUGCAGGAGGACGGCAGCAGAGUGAUCAGCUUGUUCCUGGGAGUGGCCGUGCACGAGACGCUGGUGGCCGUGGCUUUGGGCAUCAGCAUGGCCAAGGCCUCGCUGCCGCUCAGGGACGCGGCCAAGCUGGCGGUGGCAGUGUGCCUGAUGAUCCCGCUGGGCAUUGGCAUCGGGAUGGGCAUCGAGAGCAGCCAGAGCGCUGCCAGCAGCAUCGCGUCCCUGCUGCUGCAGGGCAUGGCCGGCGGCACCUUCCUCUUCGUCACCUUCUUCGAGAUCCUGGCCAAGGAGCUGGAGGACAAGAGCCACCGGCUGCUCAAGGUGCUGUGCCUGGUGGUGGGCUACGCCGCGCUGGCCGGGCUGGUCCUCAUCCCGUGGUGAGCCGGGAGCCUCGGCAAGAAACGGAGCAAACCUCGCCCCUCCCCUCCCAUCGGCACCGGGAGGAGCCGCCCCUUCCACCGCUGGAGCUGCACCAGCCCCGCCCAGGCCGUGUUUCUUUAAUAUCCUGAAGGAGCAGAAUCUCUUCCCGUGUGCUCAGAGGGAGUGAGGAAUAUCCCAAGGGAUUUUCCCUGCCCGUGGGGCUGCGGGGAUUAGCGACACAAACAAUGAGGRUCUGGGUAAAGGCUGCUUCCAGA